UCUCUAAUCUUGAUAACAUUCGCGCCUAAAGAUCUACUUCUAGUCAGUUGUCAUUGUGCUUAGUCAGAUCUUAACCCAGAUGUCUGUGUGUACGUGUGUUCUGUGAGCUGAGGCGUGUUGGGUGUGUGUUACACAGGAAGUCGCUCACCUAACGAUGACACGGACAUGGUUGACCGCCUGCGUGGCUGUCUUGACCUUGACCCUGGCAGCUGGUCAGGUCAAGCCGCGCAGCUGUGUUAGACAAGACGACUGCAGCUGUAGGUUUGAUGACACCGGAGCUGUGGUCAACAUCCGACCACUGGCCAAAAGCGACGGCACACCACUGUUCAAGGACGUCACAGGCAAAGAUGGUUUACUGUAUUCAUACAACCCCUGCGUGCCUUUCACAGAGGAUCAGUGUGUUCACAGUGCUGUAUGCCAACGUGAAGGCACCAACGGAACUGCCAAGUCCCUGGUCAACCAGACCAACGCUCAGUUUGGCUUUGACGGACAUCACGUGCAGCUGACCUACUUCUCAUCAGCCGGUGGUUUGUUGAGGUCAGCAGUUGUGAGCCUGGUGUGUUUAGUGAAUCAAACUACUCCUGUCUUCACUGCCUAUGGUUAUGAUGAAGGCAGUAAACUUUAUAACUUCCAGCUGGGCUCCCAGUGUGCGUGUGAGAACGGCUGCUACACUGCCCCUGAUGACGGAGGGAUAAGUGCAGGCUCCGUGCUCAUCAUAAUAUUUUUUGUGACUGUGUUCCUGUACCUGUCCCUCGGGUCAGUCCAUGGAUGUGUCAAUAAAGGGGAGUCAGGUGUGCAGGUGGUGCCACAUUACCAGUUCUGGCUAGGAUUUCCUGGACUGGUUAAGGAUGGUUGCUUGUUUGUGGUUAGAUGUGCUUGCUGCCAACCCGCCCCUGUCAAAUACGAUGGUGUAUGAAUGGCUUCAACUGAUUACAUUAUGUUAUAUACAUUUAUAUAUCAAUUUAUCAAUACAUUAUGUUAACAUCGCUUUAUGUAUCAA